AUUUCGUCUGAAAAUGAAAACUAUAAUUCUUCUUGGGAUACUGGGAGCCACAAUGUCAGCUCCGCUUAUUCCACAGCGCCUUAUGUCUGCAAGCAACAGCAAUGAGUUACUUCUGAAUCUUAAUAAUGCUCAGCUUCAGCCACUACAGCUUCAGGGCCCCUUGAAUUCAUGGAUUCCUCCUUUCCCUGGGAUUCUACCGCAGCAGCAGGCUCAAAUUCCAGGACUCUCCGGAUUCUCUUUACCAACUCUCAGCCGGUUUGCUGGACUGCUCCCAAAUCAGAUACCCUUCCCAGGACAGGUCAGUUUUGCCCAAGGAGCCCAGGCAGGACAGCUGGAUCCCUCACAGCCUCAAACACCACCACAGACCCAACAGGGCCCUAAUCAGAUUAUGCCCUCUGUGUUCUCCUUCAAAAUGCCUCAAGAGCAAGCACAGAUGCUUCUAUACUACCCAGUUUACAUGCUUCUAUCCUGGGAACAACCUCAACAAACAGUCACACAGUCACCUCCGCAAAUAGGACAGCAGCUGUUUGAGGAGCAGAUGCCAUUCUAUACUGAAUUUGGAUAUAUUCCACAACAAGCAGAACCUGUUAUGCCAGGAGGACAGCAGCAACCAGCCUUUGAUCCCUUCCUAGGUAUAGUUCCUGAAGUUGCUGUGAUGCCAGUAGGAGGAGUAUCACCACAUUUACAAAAAGAAAUGAUAAAUUUUAAGCACACCAAUGCAGGAAUUUUCAUUCCUUCAACUUCACAAAAACCCAGCACAACAAAUUUUUUUACUUCUGCCAUGGACCCAACUAUUACCCCAGAGCUCAUGGAAAAGAAGGCCAAGACUGAUAGCCUAAAGGAACCAUAAGACGUUGUCCUAAUCAUUCAGAAUUUGGGAGAAAAAGAUGUGGCAGUGCUUUGGAUAUCAUUUUAGGCUAUUUUCUUCCUCAAUGUUAGUAUCAUUUCUUUGAAAAAUAUAAAAUAUUUUGGCUCUUCUCCUGAACUUAUUUUUACUUAUAAAUAGUAUUACACUCUUUAAAUGUCAUAGAAAAGUAAGCCUUAGCUUUACAAAAUUGUAUUUCUUUUCAAAUAUCCUAUCAUUGCAUAAUCUGAAAAGUAACAACAAUGAGAAUAAAGUGAGUAUCACUGAAUCAACUGCAUAAUUGUAUUAAUAAAGGCAGGCUCUGGAAAAUGGUGCCAUCAAUGAGAAUAAAGAUAUCCUGUCACUGGA